GUCAAUGUCUUACCACCAUUAAUUAUUUACACUCGCAAUGUUUACACAAAUUACAUAUAAAUAUUUACAUUCCUGAAGAAAAAUGACAUGAAGUUAUAGUUAAUUGAAUUGAAACGAAUUUAAAGCAGCUAUAAAUUUAAGAAGUGAUGAAAAUGUGGAUAUCCAAUAUCUACGCUUUCGAUUCGAUUCGAUAUUUUCAAACUUAGAGAUGCUCCAAUUAACUAGAGGUACAUUGAUCAAAGCAGAAACCCAGUGAAGCAUUAAACCGUAUAUUGCGAUGGCUGAGUUACACUUGGAUAUUCAGUUAUCAUUGGAACUCAGAAUGGCAGAGUUCAAAUCUGACCCAGAAAAAAUGAAGGAAGUUAAUGAAUUUUUGGAUGAAUUAUUUAAAAAAGCAGUGAAGGAAACUGAGCAAAGAAAAGGAGUGGAACAGAUGACCAAACCAGAAACCUCUGGAUUACAUAAUGGAACAAAAAAAAUAGGUGCUUGGUCUAGUAGAGCUAGAACAUCAGCAAGAUCAUUUGCAUCAAGAUUGAUUACUACAAUUUGCAACUGUACAAACUCAGUUCGUAAUGUAGUGAUCAAUAAGAACUAAAUUUUCACUACCGAAUUUUGUUUCAGUCUCCAAUGAAUCAAAAGUGGAAACACAAAUAUCAUAGCAUAAUUUUAAUGAUCUGUUAAAACUUAUUAAUAUUUUACUGAUGUUAUCUAAGUUUAAGUUGUUUUGUUUUUUCUUGUAAGAAUAUUAUCAUAAAAGCUUUAUGUUUUUAUUUUGAUUUUAUUCACUGAAAAAUUUGUUUGCGCCUCUAUCAACAAAUUCUAUUUCAGUACUGAUUUUUUUUUCAUUUGUUAUGGUGUUAUAACGUAGUUUAAAACUCUGUAAUCUUUGGUGUGGGAUAAGUGGCGACUGAAAAAUUGCUUCAACUUCAUAAUGUUGAAAGGAUGCAAAAUAAGAUUCUCAAAUGAUGAAAUUAAUAAAUAUUGAAAUACAUUCCAUUUUAAAGGAUAUUUGGUAAAACCAAUAUAUUUUUCAUAUACAUUUUCAUUGAGAUUUAUAAUGAUAAUACAAUCAAUAUAUUGCAUACUUCACAAUAUUAACUUCCCUUUUAGUAGAAAAAAGUUGGAUAUAAGGAAGGACUUUCUGGAAAAUUUACUUCAUAUACCUAUCUGAAGAAAAUGUAGAAGGCACUGACUAGUGUCUGUUGAUAGAAGUCUUCCUUAAGUUAUUUCAGCUUUUAGUAUUCAUCACAUAUCAGUUCUCAUAGCCAUAAUCUUAGAAUUGAAAAACUCAAAUUUUCAGUAAAGCAGAAUACUUCAUGCAAUUCAUAAUCAAAAUUCCAAAAAUAAAAAUCUCCCAAUGAAAUGGAUGUCAAGAUAGAUGAUGCUAAAUCUAUAUUAAGCAUCUUAAUGUGAUCAAAAUAACUUGAUGUGAAUAACUGUAAUAUUGAUGUACUUUCCUGCUGUCAAACAAAUUCUAGUAGGUCUCUCAACCUCCAUGAUGUUCACCAUAUAUUUUCAAGCAAUAAACUUCACAUUGAAGGACUUAAGGGGCAUUUGAAAAGUUUGCAUAGAUUGCUCUUCACCUUCAACAAUUUCAUGAACUGCCUUAUGGAUUCAUACUUUCCUAAAUGAACUACUUAUAACAGAGUCAGUCCUGACAAUCACUUGAAAUGAAUGUUUAGCGAAACUCCUAUUUGGUGUGGAACACAGUAUUAGUAUGAGUAAUGUUAAAAUAUUAUUGUGAAAUAUCAAUAAAAGGUGUGAUUAACA